CCAGCCCAGCGCCCGCGCUCUGGAGCUGGGACUACCUGGACCGCUGCUUCGCCCACCACCGCGUCUGCAUCUCCUUUGGACUGUGGAUCUGCGCCUCCAGCUGCUGGAUCGCCGCCCACGCGCUGUAAUGGAGCCGGAACCCGCGACGCGAGGGGUCACCGGGGGAGAUGGGGCGCUACCCGCUGCUGCCCCUCCUAGAAACCUAGAGGAAGGGGCACAAAGGGGGCUUGCAUUGAGGCAGCACAAGUCUGGAGUCAAAUCUGGCAUUUCUCUGUGCACUGGAGUGGGGUCCUUCUUUCUAGAUUCCGCACACAGGGAACCUGGGCUGUGAGCCAAGAGGAGGCUGGGUGGUGCAGUGGAUGUGACUUCAGACUAGGUUUUAUUGUCAGCCAUUCCCUGCUGACUGGUGGUGUGGGCUGGGCAAGGUGUAAGCACCCUUGGGCCUCCUGUGAAUGAGGAUAUACCUCCUAAAAUAAGUAUGAGGAUUAAAUGAGGCACUACAGGCAAAGCAGUGUUAAACACCAUUAUCGCUCUAGCUUUGCCACUAACCCUUAGGGACCUUGGCAAGUCCCUUGAUGUUUCUAGUCUCAAUUUACCCAAAGCCAUCUUAGCUGGAAAGAGGUGUGAGAGUGAAGAUCUGACUUGGACCAUAGCCCUUGCCUUUGUCCAGCGCCUGCAGUAAGUGGUUUGACCUUUCCCUAUGGCCUGGGCUCUAAGAGUAAAGCCAGGUCUUCAGCCACCCUGUCCCAUGCACAGAAAUCCAGAGUCUGUUUCCAGAACGGUGCCAUCCAAGUAUACCUAGGCAGCAGAGAAAGGACCAGCAGCAUCCCUCCAUCCCCACUGUGGGAACUGCCUCACCUUAGCACUCAUUGGACAGUCCCUUCAGACUUUCCAUGGUGGUUCAAGAGUCUGCAGCCCCAGUGCCCAGUGACUGGAGAAGAAUAAAGACACUGUGGGCCUGGGUUGCAUUUAUCCAGGCCCUCUCUCAUUCCCUUCUCCAGCCCCUGAGUGCUCUCUACCUGAGAUCUGCAAAGAAAUGUGGACAAGACCAGUCUGCGCUGUGUGCUGGGUGCUGCCUCCUGACCAGUCUGUGUGACACCGUGGGGGCGAUCCUAGCCAGACAACUCACAAUUCAGGUCUUCACGGGUGCCUACCUAGCAGCUGUUGACUUCCUGAACUUCAUGCUGGUUCUCUUCCCUAUCUGUGGAUCCAAAUCCAAGUCCAAGUCUGGUCGACACACUCAGGACAGGAGGAGGAGGAGGCGGCUCAGAGCCCGUGUGUUUGCCCUGGCUCUACCAAUUAGCCUGGGUCCAGGCUGGGCAAUCUGGGCUGCUGUCCCUAAAGCUUCAUCCCUGGUCCGAGGGCCACAGCGAAGGCUGCUGGGAAGCCUCUUGUUGCAGGAAAACCCAGAAGUACUUGGCUACCUGCUGGGUGGUGUUGCUGCCUUUGGCUCCUGGGCAUCCCGGAUCCCCCAAUUCUUCAAAAUCUGUCGGGGAAAGUCAUUCUCCUGCAUCCACCUGUGGACUCGGCUCCUGUCAGCUCUGGCUGACCUCCUCUAUGCCUCAGCCAUUGUGGCCCAUGACCGGCAGCCUGAGUACCUGCUGCGGGCCACACCCUGGUUCCUGAUCUCACUGGGCCGAGCUGCACUGGACCUUGCUGUCAUCUUCCUGUCCUGUGUGAUGAAGUGCAGGAUGAGACGAGCCUUCAGAUUUGACGCUGAGGCCAGAGAGAGCUCCGAUACCCAAGCCCUUCUGACCUGUGCAGACAAAGAAGAAAAACAGGAGACCGGGACCAAGGACAAGAACUCAGAUUGGGUGCCUCUCACCAGCCUGUCACACUGCAGGCCACUGAGGACAAUGACGGCAAUCAGUCGAUACAUGGAGCUGACCAUCGAGCCCGUGCAGCAGGCAGGCUGCAGUGCCACCAGGCUGCCCGGUGAUGGACAGACAAGCACUGGAGAUGCUGCCCUGCAGGAGCCUCCUUCAUACCCUCCCGUUCAGGUCAUCCGGGCCCGACUGUCUUCCAGCAGCUCUGAGGAGGUCUCCUCCAUCAACUCUGACCUGGAGCAGAAGUAUUGGGAGGCCCUAAACUCGGAGCAGUGGGAUCCUGAAGAUGUCAUCCUUGAAAGGGACAAAGACAGCAUGGAGCUCCUUAGAUCCCAGAUGCACAGGGAUUCUUUGAGUCCAGUGGACUUGACCUCUGAUGGUUAACAUCUUCAGGAGCUAGUCCAUCAGCUCAAAACCCAAGGUCAUGCAUUUAUCAGUGACUAAAAGGUGUUCCCUACAGGGACACCUUUGGCAGGAGUUUAAGCUGCUACAGAAGCCUCCCAGGGAGUGAGGAACCUGGAGCUGUCACUAAGCUUGGCUGGUCUACACUACUACUCAGAAUGAAGAUAAGACUCUGGGUCCUAUGGACAGAUCUGUACAUGCCCAGUUUAUUCUGAAGAUCAGCAGGUCACAGAAUGAUCCUGCUUUGUAAAGAUAAACCUUCUUCCAAAGGACAUGGAACGUAUUCCCAUCAGAUUCAGCCAUACAUAUUUCCUGCUUAAUAUUAAGACUGAGCUCACCUAAGAGCUACUGUUUUGAUUUCAGCAGAACCUAUCCCUCCAGACUUGUCUUCAGUACAGAUGGAAAGAAGGGGUCAGCCAGCUAGGGGACCUGUGCACAUACACAAGAAUUGAAAAAAAACCUGGCUUCUGCCUGACAGUCACUAACUUAGCUGCUACAUGUUAUAUUGGAUGGCUUGGUUGGCCAAGUAUCUAUGAGACUGCUAAUACUGCAAGGCCAACAAAGCCAACUGCUCUGGCUAACAGGACUCCCUCCAGCCCAGUAAAGUAUGUGCUGAGGCAGGUCUGCAACUGAGGGGACUUGUGUGCUUCAGAAGGUAGUGGGAAGCAUGCAAAGAUAAGGACAUGAUAGGAAAAGCAGUUUCAAGUACAGGAAGCCCGUUUUAGGAUGAUUUUGCUACUGUGACUAUGAGUGAAGAGAAGAGCAGGAGCAAACACCGGAGUGAAUAAACUUCGGUUGAAUGAAUUAAAAUACCUCACAGGAGUAGGUCUAAAUCCUAGCACAAUCACAGAAGUCUGCCACAAGGGGAACUGGGAGAGAUGCCAAGAAGCACAGCUCUGCUCCCAGCUGGCCUGUAACCAUCUGUGACUCAGCUGUAGUUGCCCAGUUUCUCCUCAGGGGUGGUGCAAGUCCCAACAGUGUGAAGAAUGGGGUGCUGGUGGUAGUACGUUGGCUGCACAGGUUUCUGCAUAGAUCCCCCCCCCAGGUGACCUCUGAGCUAGAAGUGAGUUUUAACCCACUUUGUCUGCUUUGAGUCCUCUGUUCUCUUGUGAGAGUUUGCUGAAGUCAGCUUUGCUUUACAAUCUUAACCACUGAAACUGUGCUUUGAAGAAAGAGUUGAAAGGGGGAUAAGGGUGGAAUCUCAUCAAGGAAGGAGAAAUCUGACAUGGUCAGAAUGGAUGGUGCAACAUGGGUUUUGAAAGGAGGGAGCUGGAAAGGAAUUAGACUGUGGAGGCUAGGGAGUUAGUACUUGGUCUGUAGCCAUGGAAGAUUCCAGAAUAGGAAGGUGACUGAAGUAGGCCACAGAUAAUUGGUGAGUUUCUCAUCCUUGACUUUUCAUGAAGCAGGAAUGUAGUCACUGAUAAAGAAUGAAUAUGGGGCACAUGAUUAAUGCCUAUUGCUUUUUUAAAAACAGGGUCUAUAUAAGAGUUUAAGCUGACCUCAAAAAUCAUGAUUCUCCUGCUUCAGUCUUCCAAGUUCUGGGAUUAUAGGCCUGCGCCACUAUGCCUAGCCUAGUUUUCAUUUUUAGAUGGAGAAACAUGUACUCAAAGACAGUAACCAAAGUAUCAGACCCACAAAUGGAAGGUAUCCCCCAGCAACCACAGUAAAUGCUAAUCCAGGCCCUGCUUAAGCUCCUAGGAGUAGGGGGUCAUUUAUCUGCCAAAGAAAUCUGUAUAAUUUAGGGAGAGCUCUGAUUACUUGGUUUUCUUAAAAACUUAUCUAGAGGGCUGGGGGUAUGUAACUCUGUUGGUUGAAUGUUUGCCUAAUAUACAGGAAGCCCUGAGUUUUAUCACAGCAUAAACUGGGUGUGGUGCUGCAUAACUGUAAUUGGGAGGUGGAUGCAGGAGGGUCAGAAGUUCAAGGUCAUCUAUCCUCCUGGGAUACAUGAGACCCUCAAAAAACAAAAAACGCCCGUCUAGAUCUUGAAAAAGUAACGUCCUUAUCUUCCUCCAUGAGAAAACUUUUUGAGGACCAUCUGAUGACACACCAUCACAUGUUACAAUAAAGUAUGAGUUACUAGUCUACAGAGGCAUUGGGCCCAGGGCCAUGACCAGCCUCCUGUUCCCAGGUCUGACUCAGUGUACUGUCAUUUUCCUUUCUUGGUCAUAGUUUCCCUAUCUAUAAAAUGAAAGUUAAGCCAAGCAUGGUGGCUUACACUCAUUAUUCCUACACUCAGAAAGCUGGGACAGGACAACUGCCACACGUUCAAAGUCAGCCUGG